AUUAGAAAAGUAAAGCAGAGCAAGCAGUUCAAAAUGCCACAAGUAGCGGAUCAGCGAGGGGGUAAUGGAGGUACAGGAAGCAGUGGAAGCGGCGACGGCGAUGAUUCCACAGACGGCUACUACACGUGCUCCAUGUGCAUGGGUACCGCAGUCCGCCCCCGCGUUAGCUUCUGCGGACAUCUCUUUUGCUCGGAGUGCAUUGAAGCCUGGAUGAAGGCGCGGGGACCCUUUGUUAGGUGUCCAUUCUGCACGUCGCACAUUGCCGAUAAAACGCUCAUCACGGUCCAAGCCUCUUCAAGCCGCAGCACACCCGACCGCAGGUGCAAAUCACUGCAGGAGCAUCGACAGGAACUGCUGCAAGAUGCGGAGUACGUUGCGCGACCAGCAGAACUGCCGCAGGCUUCCAUGUUUCUCAACGGACGAAUCGAACUGCCAUUGGACGCGUUGCCGCGCUGCAAGCCGCUGGCACAGUCGUUGCAGCGUCAAGUCAAGCCGCAGCGCCCGGUGCAGCGCGCAUUCGUGGACUACAGCUGCCAUCAGCGGGCCAUGACGCUCUUCAUUAUGGUGUUUCUCUUUGCGUUGCUCAACUCCACGCAAGUCCUCAAAUAGCAGCCCCGAAAUUCUUUGAGAUUCCCAAACAACUUCUUUGAAUUAGAUGUCCCAAGAUUUCGUUAAUUAGUCUUCGCACAAAUGUGGCUCCUGUGGCAUCAUCGUAAGCCGCGGCAAUUAUCGUUUGGGCAUUUUGCGAAACUAUUUAUGUAAUCUCUAUAAUCUUAACAUUAAUGGCCAAGCGGGCACGCAAAACUUUUAAUG